AUGUGCAGCGUCACAACAAGUCCCGACGCACGGUACAGCCAUGUGCAUCUGGAUGUCGUAGGCCCCUUGCCUCCAUCCAAUGGUUUCACCUUCCUCCUUACCUAUGUCGAUCAAUAUACUCGCUGGGCUGAAGCUAUUCCUUUGCCGAAUGUUCAGGCUGAAACCGUCGUUAAGGUUUUCGUCAGUCGUUGGGUCGCCAUGUUCGGUGCCCCAUCCACGGUUACGACUGAUCGUGGUGCCCAGGUUGAGUCGGCACUCUUUCAAACGCUACUUAAUUUCCCUUGCUGCACAUGCAUUCGGACGACAGCCUACCAGCCCGCUGCUAACGGUAUGGUGGAACUUUUCCAUCGUCAGCUAAAGACCGCCCUGCGUGCAGAACCGGAAGACACGGUUGGUGAAUCCCAAUAUCUUCGACGGGUUUUCCGAGAAAACGGUUACCCGCGCAAUUUCGUCAACCAGUGCAUGCGCAAACGAGACGAGCGACAUAAUCGCGCUGACCCCAAAUUCUGGCGAGCGAUCCCGUACAUCAAGAACGUCUUCGAGGCCGUUAGCCGCCUUCUUGCACCACUUGGGGUUGGAGUUUCGCACAGAACGGAGGCCACCAUGAGGCGUCAAGUGAUGAGACCACAAGACCCACUGCCACGGCAAGAAACAUCUGGAGUCGUUUACCGGAUCUGGUGCAGUUGCGGACAAAGCAACUACGUCGGAGAAACUGGAAGACUGCUCCGGACGCGAAUCGCUGAACACGUGGCAGCUGUACGGAGAAAUGACGCCAACUCUCAGGUCGCGGCCCAUUCAACGAGACCCGGCCACACAUUCAAGUUCGAUGAGGCCGAAAUUCUCGCGAGAGGGGAUACUCUCGUGAGCCGCGAGUUGCUUGAGUCAUGGUUCACUGGACCUCAGUCUAUUAACAAGUGUAACGACAUCCCCACUCCAUAUUCUUUCCUGAGGCAUAGACUGGCCAAAGCACUUGACUACUCGAGGGGCGCGCAAGCACGUGAGCCAGAUGGCCUAGCAAUCAUCACGCCAGCAUGCAACACGGGAAAGGAGAUGUCAGCAAUUAACAAUUGGCAUGCCGGCCAUCAAGCAAUUAGCGCACCAACGGGCAACAAUCCUUGA